AUGUCUAGUGCUUUGACUCAAAGCCGUUUGAGCUAUGCUGCAGCGGUUGUGGGAUGUGUGACUUAUGGGUGCUACUUCGUCCUUGCAGCAAUAUGUCUUCAUUUUCAGAUGAAACAUACUCAGAGGCAUCAAAAGUGGCCUUGGCUCAUCUACAACAUCCUUAUUUUUGUAGUGAGCACCAUCUACUUCAUAGGGGCAGCAAUAUGGAGCGAGGUCGAAUUUGUUGAAACUACGGUAAACCCAUCGGAAUUUGCUGGGCUUCUGUCUUCUCCAUUGUCUAUCUUAAAAGACACUGCAUCCGUUGUGAACAUUUGGCUUGCAGACAGUCUCAUCAUCUACAGGGCAUAUAUAAUCUGGGGUGGCUCCUGGCACAUUAUCAUACUCCCAGUUUUGAUAUACUUGAGCAGUAUUGGAACUGGCAUAGUCCUCCUCUAUGCAAGUGCCCAACCAAAUACAUCAUUUGGCGCUAGUGCGGUCACACAUUUUGGAACGGCAUUCUGGUCUAUUUCAGUUGCAUUGAACAUCAUUGUGACCCUCCUUAUUGCGGGACGUUUAAUUAUGGCUCAACAUGCAUUGAAGCAUGUCCAAGUUGAAAGUAGCAGUCAUUAUAAUCCAAUCAUUGCCACUUUUGCAGAAUCUGCUGCAUUGUACUCAAUAUCUGGACUCUUCUAUAUCGCUUUUUUUGUUCGCAACAACCCAAUUUUCUAUGUCUUCAAUGCCCUGUUCUGUUCUAUGACGUCCAUUGCCCCUACUCUGAUCAUUCUUCGUGUUGCCCUUGGGGUAGCAUAUACAAAAGACUCAAUUCCGGGUGCCACUAUCACAAACCCUGUCAGGUUUCGGACCGCUGGAACCAGGAACAGCAUAGAUUCAACUUCUUUCAACCCUUCUACAACAGCAGUACAUUUUGCUCCUAAGGCCACUGGUUCAGGACUAACCCAUAGCAAUGAUAACUCUGUUCAUUCCUUAAAAGUCCUCACCAGUAAAACCAUUGAAAACGUGUGAUGUCAGCAUGGAGCUGAUUUGUAUUUUUGGAAAGCUGUCAUGUUCAUUUAUGAUUUCAGUUCAAGUGGUGGAUAAUCAAAGAAGUGGACAAAAUAAUGAACAUCCCUCCAAAAGCUGUUGUCCCAGUGUACUUAUUGAUGUCUCUAUGUUGUUGGAAUACUUUGACAGUCAUUGUCAUCAUUCAGGCUUGAACCAUCGCUGUAGAGA